AUGCCGAUCGCGUGCAUGGUUUGGCUUCUCAUUGCUGUCGGACUUGUCCUUCUGAUGAAAGAAUCCAUCGAAAUCUACGACGGCUAUAGUCAGAAGCUAGACCACAACAUUUGGGGUCUCAUAUGCCUCCCCUAUAGCUUCGCACCAAAACAGGCACCUCUUCGCAUAAGCAACAUCUCAACCCUCCCCACGGUCGAUGUUGCGAACCAUGAUAAAAGUACGCCUAGAUUCCAGUCCGUGGAUACAAGGAACGCAGCCUCCAACCUGGCUCAUAGCCAAGUUCAUCACCGUCUACCCAUGCCAGACUUCCAGCAUAGCGACACCAUUGCGUCUUACGACAGCUCUUUCAUUAGGACUACCAUCACGAUGCCAUCGAACUUCGGGCUGCACAGCUGGCGCUGGUAUGAGGCGAUCAUUGAAUCCCUUGCUGUAGGGAUAUAUCUGUAG